AUGUUACGUCCCAGUAAUGCCAUUCUGGCAGGAUUAUCGAAUAACACAUCAAAUGUGUCAUCGUCAUCAACAACAGCCAGUGAGAUAUGGUCCGAGCAUACAGCGUCUGAUGGUCGAGUUUAUUACUAUAAUAAGGUAACAAAACAGUCUUCGUGGACGAAACCAGAAGAGUUGCGAACACCUGAAGAGGUUAGUGUAUCUGUUGCAAUUGUGUCACAGCGAAAAGCAGCAGUAGCGCGUAUAUGGCGUGAGUAUAAGACGGCUGAGGGUCGUCCUUAUUACUACAAUACGGAAACAAAAGAAACAACAUGGACGUGUCCAAAAGAUUUCGAACCCCGUUCCACAGCAUCGUCAACAGUGGCAUCAUCGACUACCCCAAUCAAGACUGAAAAACCGCAGUCAGUUGAUACGAAGGAAACACCGUCAUCAAGCACGGAUGUCGCAAAAAAGGCGAACAGCGUUGAAGGGGAAUCUGAAUUAGAGAAGGCGAUGAUGGCAACACUGAAGAGUCUUGACCAACAACCAACGGUGGAAAAGGAAGACGAGUCGAGAGCUGAGAACGCAGAGAACGAACGGGGUGAGAGUGGUGUUACAGGGGACGAGGAAAAAGAUUUGAAGAAAAAGCAGUCGGAUAGAUUCAGAGAGUUGUUGAGAGAUAAGAAAUUUGAUGCAUAG